AUGAGAAUUAACACUUUGGUGGGCACGGCAGCGGCUAUUUUGGCCACCGCUCGCGGAUUUGGGCUCCAGGAGGUGUCCUCUCUCGAACCGAAGCCCGACACGCUGCCUGCGCAAUACCAAUACGAGAACUUCCAUCAGUUUGAGAACACUCCGUUCAAGGACUGGGAUCAUUUUGUGCAGACAGUGAUAAAGGAUAGCUCGAAUGUGACGUUCGCAGACAUCAACGAGCUCAACGAGCGCACAAGACCGCUGCUGGGGCGUUUGACUAACGAGAACUUCUUCAAGAUCUUCAGACUCAACUUAUACAAAGAGUGUCCUUUCUGGUCGAACUCCGAAGGUUUUUGCAUGCACAAAAGCUGCGCCGUCGACACGAUCGACGACUGGAAGGACUUGCCCGACAUCUGGCAGCCCGAGGCGCUCGGCAAGAUCGAGACGAUCUCCAAAGAGCCUCCGAGCACGAACGGAUCGUGCAUAGCCACGGGUGCCAAGACGGGCAAGGACUACUGCGAGGUCGACGAGGUCAACGACCAGACAGUUUAUGUGAACCUAGUGGACAACCCGGAGCGGUUCACAGGCUACGGAGGCGACCAGUCGUUCCAGAUCUGGCGCAGCAUCUACAACGAGAACUGUUUUAAUUUGGGGGCCGAGCAAUGUUUCGAGAAGAAUUUCUUCUACCGGCUCAUCAGCGGUAUGCACUCCUCGAUCAACACACAUUUGAGCAAUGAGUACCUGAACUUCCAGACAAAGGAGUAUGAGCCGAACCUCAAACAGUUUAUGAUCCGGGUCGGAGACUUCCCUGAUAGAAUAGAGAAUCUAUACAUGAACUAUAUUUUGGUGCUCAAGGCACUAAUCAAGCUGGAGCAGGCCGGGGUGUUGGAGGAGCUUGCCUUCUGCGACGACGGCAAUUUCCAGAGCAAGGAGAAAGAGCUCAAGAGCGAGCUGCACGAGAUGGUGCAGCCAUACUACCGGCUCGGCGACUCUCACGAGUGUCUUUUCAACGAAAAUACGCUUUUCCAGAACGACGACGCAGGACAGCUGAAAGACGAGUUCAGACAGCGGUUCAUCAACGUGUCGCGCGUGAUGGACUGCGUGCAAUGCGACAGAUGCCGGCUGUGGGGCAAAUUGCAAACCACGGGCUACGGAACUGCGCUCAAAAUUUUGUUUGAGUUAGACCAGCGGGACAGGUUGAGCACGGAUUUCCAGAUCUCCAAGAUUGAGCUGAUCGCGCUCGUCAACACGUUCGACAGACUAUCCAAGAGCAUUGCCUCCAUCAAUAAUUUCAAAAAAUUGUACGACGCGGCACUUAGACAGGAGGAGGAUGGAGCAGUCACCACAGCGCAGGAUUUCGUUCUCACACAGGCAUCGGACAACCCUGUCCUGGGCGAGACGUCGCGGUCGCCCAGCGACAUGAAGUUCCCGCCACCGCGUUCUGGAAUUGACCUCGCGGCCGCGUUCAAACAGGAGCUCGGCAACGUUCUGGAUGCUCUCCAUUUCAUUUUUAGCAGCUACAAGGUGUUCCCCAAGAUGGUGUACAACUGGGUGCUGAUCCGCGCAGUGUACUACUGGAACACGUUUGUGGGACACGUUCAUGAAGAUUUCGAUGUUAAUAGGUUAUACAGGUUAGAAUUAUAG